GCCCUGUGUCCUACUGUCCUGUUUCUUGGUUUGAAUUUCAAAAAAAUGCAUAAACCCAACUGUACAUUGGGCAAUGCAGUUUUUCUACACACCCAAUACUCCAAUAGCUAAUAGCUUCAACACCCCCCCCCCCCCCCCCCCGCUAAUAUCACCCCCUAACCUGAGAAAACCUUCUUCCUCUGUGAAGCUGUUUUCUUGCCUUUUCUGUUUGUUAUCACUUUUUCUAAAUUUUCAAAGUCUCUUUUUUUUUUCUCCCUUUUCUUGGAUUUGAUUUGACCCGUUCUAUCAUAGCUGAAUGUAAAGCUCUCUCUCUCUCUGCUCUGUUGCAUUAAUUUCCAUUUCCAAUUUCCAGUCUGUUGUCUCUCAGAUGCAUUUAUGCUCCAUUUCCGUUUUCUCUAGUUCUUUUGCAUCCUGAAAUCUCUCUGCAAGUUUCAGUCUUUAAUUCUCUUCUUGGUAGUUGAAAACUUGAAAUCUCUUCUGCCCUCUCUGCAGAUAGAGUAGAAUCUUGUGUGAAUGGGUGCUUCUGGAAAAUGGGUCAAAGCUCUCAUAGGAUUCAAGAAGCCUGAAAAAGAUGACCACCAUGAGAGGGUGAGCGGGAAGAGCAAGAAAUGGAGGCUAUGGAGGGGGUCAUCAGGGGAUCUUGGUGGGGGUUCUUCAUGGAAGGGAUUGAGAGGGAAGCGCCAUAUGUAUGGUGGGUCUGAAGGCUCUGAUUCUUCAUCAGUCAACAAUGAUGCUUUCACAGCUGCAAUGGCUACAGUGGUGAGAGCUGCUCCCAAAGAUUUCAAGGCUGUGAGGCAAGAAUGGGCUGCUAUUAGGAUUCAAACUGCAUUUCGUGGCUUCUUGGCGAGGAGAGCUUUAAGGGCGUUGAAAGGCUUGGUGAGGCUUCAAGCUCUGGUACGUGGUAGACAGGUGAGAAAGCAAGCCGCGGUUACUCUUAGGUGCAUGCAGGCCUUGGUUCGGGUCCAAGCCCGAGUUAGAGCUCGUCGUGUUCGUAUGUCUCUCGAGGGGCAGGCUGUGCAGAAGAUGCUCGAAGAGCACCGGGGCAUGGUCGAUUGCUUGAAAGAAGCUGAGGAAGGGUGGUGUAAUAGUAAAGGAACACUUGAAGAGGUUAAAGCUAAGAUACAUAUGAGGCAAGAGGGCGCUUUCAAGAGAGAGCGAGCACUUGUCUACUCUCUCGUUCAUAAGGAGAGAUCAAGCUCUGAUGCUCAGACAACCAUAUCUGUUCCCUCUUUCAAGAGCUGCAACUUGGACAAGAACAGCUGGGGAUGGAGCUGGCUAGAGCGAUGGAUGGCUGCGAGGCCUUGGGAGAACCGAUUGAUGGAGCAGAGGCAAACCGAAGCAACAGAAACGACCCCGAAGUCCAAGGUUUGCUUAGAUUACACCAAGGACAACCGUUCCAAGUCUUCUGAGCAGUGCUCGGUGAAAGUCAGAAAGAACAAUGUGACCAAAAGGGUGUCAGCAAAACCUCCCUUGGUUGGACAAGCCACUCGUUCCUCCUCGAGCCCGAGUUCUGAGUUUCGAUACGACGAGAGUUCUGCUUCGUCCUCGCUCUGCACAUCCACGACUCCAGUUUCAGGACACUCGGUGUCAGCAUCAGAUAAAACAGUCGAGAAAUGCAACAAUUGUAGGCCAAACUAUAUGAACUUGACCCAAUCGACGAAGGCCAAGCAGCGAAAUAGCAGGUUUCUAAGACAGUCCAUGGACGAGUUUCAGUUUCUUAACCUUCAGAAGUCGGGGGCAUUUAGCAACGGGGACUCCAAAAGCACUGCAGCUUCUGAUCUUUCGUCGGUGAACUUGACAAGGCCCCUUUGCCUACCUACCCGAAUGGAUAAAUUCUCGAAGUGAAGGGAUAAGGAGAAACAAUUCUUUGUUGUUGUCUCUCAAAUGCUUUUGAGACCCUGGAUGCAAAUCUUUUGAGACAUUGGAAAUGUGCACUAGGAUUUUUCAUCUUGUAAAAUUGUGUAAGUUAUGAGUUUCAAGUGGAUCAUCACUAUGGUCCACUUUUAUGUAUUUCCUUUUGAGUUUUACAAUGUCUUGUGUCUCUCUGAAUAUGCCCCACUUUUGCUGCAUUACAUGGGUGAAAAUAUACAA